AUGGCGCAAGAACAGGACUUCAAAACAAGCAUCUCACUUUCAAAGUAUGACACCUAUUUCGAUACCAUACAAUCUAGAAAGAUGCUACCGCAGUCAUUGCAGGAAACCUUGACAGAUGCAUUUGCAAAGAUUCCAGUCUCUUCUUUUCCAGCAGUUCCUAGCGGAAAAGUCAUUGAAAUUCUAGCAGACACGACGGUAGGAGAAGCAGUUAAGAUUCUAUCUGAAAGCAACAUUUUAGCAGCACCAGUUAAAGAGCCAGACACAGUUACAAGUUCAGAUUGGAGAGGCAAGUACCUUGGCAUUAUAGAUUAUUCAGCCAUCAUUCUCUGGGUGCUGGAGAGUGCAGAACUUGCAGCAGCUGCUCUAUCAGCAGGUACAGCAACAGUUGCUGGAGUUGGUGCAGGAACCGUGGGUGCUUUGGGAGCACUAGCAUUGGGAGUGACAGGCCCUGCUGCAAUUGCUGGACUAACUGCUGCUGCAGCAGGUGCUGCCCUGGCAGGUGGCAUUGCUGCAGAAAAUAUGAUGGCUAAAGAUGCACCUCAAGCUGCUGAUAACCUGGGAGAAGACUUUUACAAAGUAAUACUGGAAGAAGAACCCUUUAAGUCAACAACGGUGCGAUCAAUACUUAAAUCAUACCGAUGGUCACCUUUUGUUCCAGUUGGAAGAGAUAGCGCUAUGUUGACUGUCUUGUUGCUUCUCUCAAAGUAUAGGCUGAGGAAUGUACCUGUGAUAGAGUCAGAUACACCUGAAAUGGUAAACUUCAUUACUCAGUCUGCAGUUGUCCAAGGUCUUGAGAGAUGCAAAGGCAGAGAUUGGUUUGAUUGCAUUGCAGAAAAGUGUAUAUCUGAUCUGGGACUUCCUUUUAUGUCUACAUCUGAGGUUAUUAGCAUCCAGAGCAAUGAAUUGAUUCUUGAAGCUUUCAAGCAAAUGAGGGAUAAUCAAAUUGGUGGUCUUCCUGUAGUAGAGGGGCCAAAGAAGAGAAUUGUUGGAAACUUGAGCAUACGAGACAUCAGACACUUGCUGCUAAGGCCUGAGAUUUUCACCAAUUUUAGGAAGCUGACUGUGAUGGAUUUCAUGAACGAAGUUGUCUCUUCAUCCUUGGAAACUGGAAACUUUGGCCAGCCUAUAACAUGCAAGCUAGACUCGACAAUGCAGGCUGUGAUCCAUUCUCUUGCUUCUCAGUCUAUUCACAGGAUUCAUGUGGUAGAUGGACAGGAUGAAGUAGUUGGAGUCAUUACACUGAGAGAUGUUAUCUCUUGUUUUGUAACUGAACCUCCUUACCAUUUUGAUGAUUACUAUGGAUUUGCAGUGAAGGAGAUGAUGAGUCAAUAA